AAAAACCUCAUCAUACUGUGCACUGGUUUUAUUCUAAUUUUCUCUGCAUUUCGUGGAAUUCAGAACUUACAGUCUAGUAUUAAUACAUCAAGUUAUUUAGGAAUAACCACCAUGACUUGUGUAUAUUUAUCCAUGUUUUGUACGUGUAUAUUCGCUCCCAUUGUGAUUAAUAUUUUCACGGCCAAGUGGGCGUUAUCGAUUGGUAUGUUGUGCUUUCUAAUAUGGUUCGGCGCUAAUUUUUAUCCACGUUUUUACACUCUCAUACCCACAGCAUUGUUCGCUGGGUUUGGACAAGGAAUUUUAUGGAGCGCCGAAAUUUCUUAUAUUCUUAAAUUAGCAUUCGAUUCAGCUCGUAUUACCAAAGACCAACUAGAAAACGAGAUGUUUCGAUUUCAUGGAAUUUUUCUUGCCUGUUUCCAAACAACGCACAUCUGGGGGAAUUUAAUUUCCUCUGUUUUAUUGAGUCAUAGAUCAGAGUUUAUACCUCCAGCAGUACCCGAGACUUCGUUUGAUUAUUUGAAUUAUACAGAUCCCGGGAUGGGAUACGAGAUGGAGGGUGCGAUGGAGGAACCCCCACCGAUAUCAGCUGGACAAUUAUUAUGGAAGUUGAUGUGUGCCUAUAUUGUUCUAGGGUUUAUAGGAUUUGGUUUAAUAUUAUUAUUACUUGAUAAAAUAGGGGCCAGAUCAGACCCUGAUAAAACAGGAUUUCAGUUAGUGGUACAUCAUUUCAAUCAGAUGAUAAAUCAUAAAACAUUUCGUAUGUUAAUACCACUGUUAAUAUUUAAUGGUGUUCAACAAGGUUUUAUAUUUUCAGACUUUAAUCAUUAUUUUGUGACGUGUGCGCUGGGAGUAGAGUAUAUAGGAUAUUCUAUGAUUAUACUAGGAGUAGCUAAUGUUCUCAGUUCUAUAAUGGUGGCGCUGUGUGCCCGAUAUAUCCCACGGGAAGUGGUUCUAGGGUUCGGUAGUGUCAUGCAUAUAGCUUUAAUGAUUGGUUUUCUAAUCUGGAUUCCAAACUCUCAACCAAUGAUAUUCUUUCUACUGUCUGCUGCCUGGGGUGUCUGCGAUGCUGUCUGGCAGACACAGUGUAAUACAUUGAUCUGUAUCACAUGUCUGGAUGAUCCGGAAACAGCCUUCGCUAAUUAUCGAAUGUUACAGAGUCUAGGAUUAGCUCUAGCGUUUGGAAGUGGAACGUUUUUCUGUGUGUCAGCCAAACUUUAUUUUCUAAUGACAUUAUUAGUAGUUGCUAUCAUGUUUUACGUACUUGCCGAAUAUCGG